AUGAGCCCGCCAUCCUCAAAGUCCCCAAAGCCGAAAUCGCAGGCGCAGGAGUCCGUGCAUGUGCAGGAUGACGCAACAGAGGCCGAUUCCACGCCCUCCUCCGACCUUGCCCCCAGCAUCGAAAUCACGAGAACCGAGAGCAGGACAGCCCCUGUGAUGACCAGAAUGCUGGAAGCCCGUGCUGAGAUGGCGGCCCGACCAAGUUUUGAUCUCGACGGGUUGUCGGGUGAUCGCUCUAGGAUCGCCGCCGAUGACACUGGGGAAUCCGGGCCCACGGAGUUGGCGAAGAAGCUUGCCGAGAUAUUCCAGUUUGACAGGCCCGAAGAGGUCAUACAGGAGUAUCCUUGUUGGCUCCUGCAGCACGUCCUCCUCACGGGGUACAUGUAUAUCACCGCACGGCACAUCGCGUUCUACGCGUACCUCCCCAGGAAAGCGCACGAGGUCGCCAAGUCGGGUUACUUAUCCAAGUGUGGGAAGAGGAAUCCUAAAUACAACCGCUACUGGUUCCGCCUCAAGGGUGACGUCUUGUCGUACUACCGCGAUUCCCAGGAUCUCUACUUUCCCCAGGGCCAAAUCGACCUAAGAUACGGUAUAUCCGCUACCAUCACUGACAAAGACAAGGAAGGCGUCAACUUUGCUGUCUCCACGGAUAACCGGACUUACUACUUCAGGGCCGAUAGUCCACAGAGCGCCGAGGAGUGGGUGAAAGGUUUACGGAGGGUUAUUUUCAGGUCACACAACGACGGUGAUAGCGUGAAGAUUUCGCUGCCUAUCGAGAAUGUUAUCGAUAUUGAGGAGGCACAAAUGCUGGAUUUUGCCGACACAUGCAAGAUCCGGGUCAUCGACAACGAUGAGACGUAUGCGAUUGACGAGGUGUGUGGCCCUGCCCUCUCUUAG